GACUAAACUCUUCGAUACAUGUGCUUGUGUCGUAGCUAUAAUUUUUAAUAAUUCAGAAAAAAAAUAAUUAUUCAAAAAUGAUAAACUUUAGUAUGAGUUUCACCACGUUUAAUUACAAUCAAGUAGAUUUGCCAACUACUGCAGAUUUGUUUACAUUUAUAAAUCUGUGAUGGUUGGCAAGCUUACAAUUAAAUGCAGUGAACUUACCUUUAGUGUAUUGUUAAUCAUGGGAAUAAAACAGGACAUUUUUUAUCUGGAUGUAUUAUUGCUACCCGAGUCCUAAACCCACCUAGCCAUUUUCUGCUAUUUACCUUGUUAGCCGGAUCAAAAGCAAUUUUAGAUUCAUCUUGUGUGUAUCUGGAAUGGUCAGCCAUUUUUCUCUGUCAAUAAGGUAGAUUGCUUUAUCGAUCGGGCAAAGAUGAGAUUUUUUUAUUGUGCUAGUUAACCUCCAGUAGCUGACAUUUAUUUAUAAAAUGGAUAAAUACGAUAGUAAAAAUAACGAUUUAAAUUCAAACAGUGCAAUAAAUGAGCCAAGUACCUCACAAGAUGAGACACAAAACAUUAUUCCUGGCUUUAAAACUGUAGAUGAAUUUAUUAAGACUAGCUUUUCUACCAUUCAGAAUGGUAUUAAAAGUGCAAAUAGUUUACCUAACGGCGAUAAUUUUAAAUAUUAUUGCUGUUUUCCUAAAUUUAAUGAAGUACGAAACAAUGGAAUAAACAAAAUUGAGCAUUUAAUGCAAUUGAUUGUCCAAUAUACUGGAGCUGCAGGGAGUAUGAGAGGACGAGAUACUGAAGAAAAAUUUAAAUUAUUAGUUGAUGCAAAUGAUAUACUAUUAGAUAAGACAAGUGUCUUCCUAGAUGAAGAGGCAGGAAUUCAUCGCAGUUCGGGAGUCGAAUUGAUAGUAUCUCAAACAGAAAAAAGUAAUUGUGGCUCUUGGAAUACAUCAGCAUCUAAUCAAAACAUGAAACAACCUCAAGUAGCAAAAAGUGCUCAAGCAAUAAGAUUAUUAGGAGGUAAAAAUAUUCAUAGGCCUCAGUUAUCGUUUAAAGAUAAAAUUGACAAUAGUACAAAACCUUGGGUGCCAAGAAUAAAAGAAAAACCUAAUGCCAUUAAACCUUUAGGAAUUUACUUAAUUGACGGAGAAAAUGGUCAAGUAUUUUGUCAUCCUUAUGAAUUUGAAUUAGAUAAAUUCACACCGCCAGAUAGGCAAUUAAAAAGACAAGAUAUUUUGCAUUUCAAACCUUUAGAAACAACACCUUUAAUUUUAGUAGAGAAAUUAGAAGACUUACAUAAAAUGAUGGAUGAUUUAAAAAACUAUGAUGAAAUGGCUGUUGAUUUAGAACACCACUCUUACCGCACAUUUCUAGGAAUUACUUGUUUAAUGCAAAUAUCAACAAAAGAUACUGAUUAUUUAAUUGAUACUUUGAGUUUAAGGUCUGAAUUACAUAUAUUAAAUGAAAUAUUUACAGAUCCAACCAUAUUAAAAGUAUUCCAUGGAGCUGAUAGUGAUAUUCUAUGGCUUCAACGAGAUCUUUCUCUUUAUAUUGUUAAUAUGUUUGAUACUCAUCAAGCAGCUAAACGUUUAAAUCUACCUUACUUGAGUUUAUCAUAUUUAUUAAAAACUCACUGUAAUGUAGAUCCUAAUAAACAUUUUCAAUUGGCAGAUUGGCGUAUCAGGCCAUUGCCUGAUGAAUUAAAAAAAUAUGCCAGAGAAGAUACUCACUAUUUGUUAUAUAUUAAAGAUAUUCUUCGAAAUGCAUUAAUCGAUGGAGCUAAUGGACAAACAAAUAUUUUGAAAGCUGUUUAUGAUCAAAGUACAAUUAUUUGUAAGAAAGUUUAUGAGAAACCAAUUUGUGAUGAGCAAAGUUGUAUGAACAUGUAUCGAAAAAGUCAAAAAAUGUUCAAUAAUAGACAGCUUUAUGCUUUAAAAGAAUUGUAUAUGUGGAGAGAUUUAACAGCACGUGAAGAAGAUGACAGUACCAUUUAUGUAUUACCCAAUCAUAUGCUUUUAAAUAUUGCAGAAACAUUACCACGAGAAAUGCAGGGUAUUUUGGCCUGUUGUAAUCCAAUUCCUCCAUUGGUGAGACAAAAUUUAUUAAAAUUGCAUAAGAUUAUUCUUAAAGCUAGAGAACAACCGUUAAUUAAACCAAUAUUAGAACCAGAUACUAGACAAAGACUGACACAAACAAAUAGUACGGGAACGGAUACGUGGAUAUGGUCUCCGCAUGAUAUCCCACAUGGAGAAGAUAUUCAGGCCAAUCUGCCUUGUCUUUUAGAUCAAGAAAGAAUGCCAGAAAAAAUGCCAGAAAGUUCAGAAGUAGAGCAUAGUAUAACUGUUUUUGACAGCCCUCCAAAUUCAGAUGACGAAAGUAGUUCGGUUGCUAAAGAAAGGUUGAAAAAAGCUAGAACAUUAUUUGUAAGUCCUUAUGGAAGGUAUAAGUUAGUGAUACCAAUGGUUGCAGCAGAAGAAGAAGCUGAACAACUGCGAAGAGAAAAAGAAGAACAAGAGAAAUUAGAAGCUUCUAAUAAUGAAAUUAAAAAUGAAGUUAAUGACGAUACUGCGGAACGUGUUGAACGUAUUCAUAAACACUUUUUAGAAGUUACUCAGCAAGAAACAGUUCAAGCUAAUGAUGACGAAUCAGAAUUACGUAAAACUCUUGUACCUUUAGGUAGCAUUCCAGGAGCUAAAAAAAGAAAAAGAGAAAUUUCUCUUAACGAGGAUAACGAAAGUAAUGAUUGUAAUGGUGAUCAACAAAAUGUAUCAAAGAAACAGAAAAAUGUAUCUAAUAUUAAUCCUAAACGUUUUCCAAGACCACUUGAUGCAUUUUCAGGAUCUGAUGUCAGAAGAAAAGUUCAAAAACGUCUUAAUCGAGCGGAGUUGCAACAAAAAGGCAUGUUACCUCGAAAUGAUUUUAAUUAUAAAGAAGUUGACUUUAGCAGCUUUCAAGGUGGUAGUGAGAGUAACCCAACUAAGAUAGUGAUGCUCAAACAAGAAAAGCGCAAAAAUAAAAACAGAAAAAGAGGUGGACGAAAGAAAAAAGAAAAACUUGGAUCUAAAGAUACCAAAAAUAAUCCAUUGAAAGUAAAUUUCUGGGUAUCAUCAAGAAGUAAACCAGAACCAGUUGAAGUUACUUUAGCAAAAGGAUUUGAUAUCAAUGAUAUUCUUUUUAAAGUUGAUCGUAAAACAAUUUUUAUUAUUCACGGAUUCUUAUCCCAUGGUAGACAGCAAUGGGUUAAAGACAUGGAAAGAGCACUUCUGCUGGCUGACGACGUGAAUGUUGUUGCUGUAGAUUGGAGUGCUCAUGGAAAUACGUGGAAUUAUUACAAAGCUGCUGUUAAUGCUAAAUCUGUAGGAAAGCACAUAGCGAAAUUCCUUGCUUAUAUCAUGGAUUUAACACAAGAAUUAAAUCCAGCUGGUCUGGAAUCAAUAAACUGGGGUCCAAUUCAUAUGAUUGGACAUAGUCUUGGUGCCCACAUAUGUGGCAUUGCUGCAAAUAAAUUUGAAAAAAUUUCUAAAUUGUGGAAAAUCACUAGAAUCACUGGAUUAGAUCCUGCUCAACCAUGUUUCAAGAAUACUAAUAUUUCCCUGGAUAUUACUGAUGGGAAAUUUAUUGAUAUUAUUCACACCAAUGCAGAAAUACUACUUAAUUUAGGACUUGGUCUUCCCAAUCCUCUAGGUCAUGUAGAUUUUUAUCCAGAUGGUGGUAAAAUACAGAUUAGUUGUAGUAAACAAUAUGAAAACUAUUUCGAUUACCUUGGCAUUCCGAAAGAUGUGAUAGAUGAAGCUAUUUGUAGCCAUGGGCGUUCUUAUGUGUAUUUUACUGAGUCUAUAAUUGCUUCGGUUGCGAAGAAUGGGACUUUCUGGGGUCAUCCUUGGGACCGAUCAUAUGAAAGUGCAUUGAAAUUGAUCGAUGAACCUUGUGACAGUGAAAAAUGUGUGGAGAUGGGUAUUAAUGCUAAUAAAUACUCCGCUAGAGGUUCUUUUUUCGUUGUUACAUCAAGCUCACUUCCCUAUUAUGGAUUGAGUAAUAGACUAUAUUUAUAUGUAAUUAGUUCAUAUCAUUAUAUUGAUAUUGAAAAGAAUUCCAAUGAAUCAAGUGAUACCAAGAUGAUACUCCGGGUGGUAUUAUUUACGUUGUUUAGUUUGUUUUUAAAUGCGUACAGCAUUAAUCAUGCAGAGGAUUAUCAAACAAGUAUCACUCAUACGAGAAAAGUUACUCGUAGUCCAGGUUCACUUUGGGAAAUUCGCAAUGGAACUAUAAUAUUUAAUACAACUUUACAAUCAAAUAAAAGUCCUGAAGUUGAUUGUUUUGGGCUAGGUUUAAGAGUUGCUCAAGGACUAGAAUGGUUAUUUAGGCCAAGCGAUAAUCAUAAACACAUAUUAGAUGUACGUUUUUUUUUAACAUCUAGAAAUAAACGACAUCGAAAUGAAGUUCUAGUUGGAGAUCAAUUUGGUUUGCAAUGGACUGAUUUUAAAAUUGAACGUAAAACAAUUAUUAUUGUUCACGGUUUUUUAUCACAUGGUAAUCAAGCCUGGGUGAAGGAAAUGGAGUCAGCUUUAUUAUUGGCUGAAGAUGUAAAUGUGGUUAUUGUUGACUGGAGUGAACAUGGAAAUACCUGGAAUUAUUAUAAAGCUGCAGUAAAUGCUAAAUCUGUAGGAAAGCACAUAGCAAAAUUCUUAUCCCACAUAGUCAACGACACGAUUGAGUUGCCUUCAACUGGCUUAAAUGAAAAAAAAUGGGGUCCUAUUCAUAUGGUAGGGCAUAGCCUUGGAGCACACAUAUGUGGUAUUGCAGCAACUGAGUUUAAAAAAUAUUCAACUCCAUGGAAAAUUAACCGAAUCACUGGUCUAGAUCCAGCUCAACCAUGCUUUACUAAUACUGAAAUGUCUUUGGAUAAACAAGAUGCUAAAUUUGUGGACAUUAUUCACACAAAUGCACGAUUAUUAUCCCAACUAGGACUUGGUCUUCCGCAUUCUAUUGGUCACGUAGACUUUUAUCCUAAUGGAGGCAAAAAUCAACUAGGCUGCGUUAAUUCUGAUGGAUCCACAUUUGAUUAUCUCGGAAUACCUGUAAGCUCAAUUAACCAAGCUAUUUGUAGCCAUGGUCAUUCUUAUAUUUAUUUCACCGAGUCUAUAAUAGCUGCAGCAGCACAAAAUGGAACCUUUUGGGGUCAUGUUUGGGAUAAGUCAUACAGACGUGCAUUAUAUGUAAUGGAUGAGACUUGCGACAGCAAUAAAUGUGUAGAGAUGGGUAUCAACUCUAUUAACUAUGCCCUCCGCGGUUCCUUCUUUGUUGUUACAUCACGCUCGAGGCCUUUUUACGUUGUAAAUGAAGAAGAUUUAGCAGAUUUGAGAAGACAACUACGUGUUGAUUUUAAGGAUGAAAUUUUCGAUUGAUUUUAUAUUGAAAAAUUUAUAACUAAUAAAAUCAGUAAACA